CUUCACCUUCCACUGCCWCCGAAACAGACCAAUUGCUCAAACCUUGCACUUAUCCACCAACAGCUUCGACAAGCUACCGGUAUGGUGAUGGACAACCACUACGCAUCACAAACCAUUGGGCCACAAUUGUAACACACAGCGGCAAUGCCAUCAGAAAAGGAGAAGUUCCCCGAGCAGGAUCCCUAUGAUUUGCUGGGUGUCUCGUUCGACGCUUCCAAUGCGGAAAUCAGCAAGGCCUACCGCAAGCUGGCGCUGAAGCUCCACCCCGACAAGCAGCCACAGGGAAACCCGGCCCUGGCCGAAGAAGUCGCCAAGAAAUUCCACGACAUCAAGGAAGCCAGAACCUUUCUGCUGGACGAAGACUUUGCCCAGGCACGCCGCAAGUACGAUGCCAAGCGCGAAUCCGAUCGCCUCCGCAAACAGACCGAGGCGCUGCGCGAGAAGAACAUGAGCGAGCGGCGGAAGCGCCUCCGCGAGGAACUGAGGGAAAAAGAGGCAGCAGCUGCGCGCCGAUCGCGAGGAAAAAAGGAGGAGCAGCGACGGAAAAAGGACGAGGACAUUGUGAACCAGCUGCGAAAAGAGGGGAAACGAAAGCGGCAGGAAUACGCCGAACGCGAUGUCCAGAGGAAGGAAGACGAAGAGAUGGAGAAGAUGGUCCGCGAAAACGCCAGAGCAAAAAAACAACAGCAGCGAGAUCUCCUAGAAGACCGACAAGUCCGGCUCAAGUGGGACCGAAAGAAAAUGAGGCCCAGUCCCUCCGAGGACUCCCUGGCAACSCUUUUGUCGGACCAAUUCGGAUUGGUCGAGGGCAUCGAACUGCUCGGCAGGAAGGGAAACCAGGCYCUCGCGACGUUUGCCGACCGGGCCAGCUGCAAGCCCUGCGUGGAGUUCUACGCUACCAGUCCGGUGAUGAGGGCCAAGUACGUCGGGAGGCGCAGGGACGAGGAGGAAGACCGGGCGGAGCGCGAGCGCCUGGCGGAGCAGCAACGCGAAGGCGGYRAUCUCGACAAAGGUCCGAGGAACGAGAGCCUGGAGGACCGUAGGGUCCGACAGGCCGCGGAGCGCGAGCGGCUCCUGCGGCAGCUGGAGGACGAGRACGAGAACGACUCUGCGGCAAAGCCGGGAGCACGCGCGUCGGAUGGCGACAGAAGGGAUGGGAAGACGACUCGGGGCCGGGRMCACACACCGACCARGGCAUCGMWGUUUCCSCUUCCGCUUCCGAACACGGACGGGUACGACGGUCUUUCGCCGUUCGAAGUGUUGGAAAAGUUCGAAGGAAGCGUUUUGGGGAGUAUAUUCGGUGGGGACAACAACGAUGGUACAGAAGCAAUGGAUGCAGAGGGUGCAACGCAAUAAAUACUGCUUUCUUGUAMUGCACAAUWCUAUACUCUUUUUAUAGAAAAAUCCACUAGCUACSAUAURUARAGGUAGACCCUUGGAAGGGCUUCGUUKCAAUGAUCGCUGUCCACCGCAAGRCAUUCGCUCUGGGUGAAGGAAAAUCAGAAUGGAAAGCUUCGCKCUGGUGCUUGGUAAAUCUGCUAUAUUUGUCUUCGUAUAACCGACGUCUUUGCACAAGCUCGCUUGCUACAUUUAUUGGAAGCCACGCAAUGAAAUCUCACGUUUGACCAACCUCUCAGUGCUCUCGGACAUUCCCCCAAGGAAGCUCUGUGAACAAUAGUGCGGCCUCGUCUGUUUUUUCCUUCGAAAGGCACGCACCACCAUCCGUUGCGCCCUUCGUCCCUUGAGGCAGACACGGAGCUCCCCUUUUGGCAAGGUGGAGAGGCGCGAACGCCGUUGGAACGCAAGAAUGCUUGUUUCGCGGGGCAUUC